CGGGACUGCAGCGGGCAUUCUGAAACUGGGUGGGAACUGACUAACUGCCACUGACAUCCCAAGAACACUAAUACAGUAAUCAGUGCUAAUAAAAAGCACUGACACUGUACUAACGACACUGGGCUGGAAGAGGUUAACAUCUGGGGUGACCAAAGUGUUAACUGUAUCCUGUUUUACAUAAUGUGCUGUGUGUAUUUUACUAGGGAAACAUGCAGCAUGUUCUUGCUGGCAGGAGAGAUACCUGUGUGGUUUACACACAGGUCUCUCCCCUGUCAGUGUUACUCAGCGAUCGCUGGGUGCUGGUGGGUAAUCUCUGGCCGGGAUCCGGUG